GAGGAGAAGGAAAGCAAAAACGUAGGGGUAAGCGGGAGGAGGCAGUGGCACUGGCAGAGAGCCGGAGCCUGCAGUGCCAGAGGCGGACGGGCGGAGGGGAAGAGGAGGCAGCCAUGGAAGCUGAAACAGCUCUGGAGCUUGUGAAGCGAGGAGUCACCCUUCUGCUCCUCGAUGUGCCUCAGUACACUCUCCUCGGCAUCGACACUCAGAUGUUUUCUGUUGGUCCUAAUUUCAAGGGCAUUAAGAUGAUCCCCCCGGGUCCUCAUUUCGUCUACUUUAGUUCCUCGAGCAGAGUUGGCAAGGAGUUCUCCCCAGUGACUGGCUUUUUCAUCGAUGCUGGUCCUUCUGAGGUAGUUGUUCGAAAAUGGAAUCAGCAGGAAGAGCGAUUAGCCAAAGUAUCAGAAGAAGAGGUAGAACGAUAUUCUCAAGCUGUUAGAAAUAUGGAGUUUGAUAGAUACCUUGGCCCAUAUAAUCUAAAUCAAUAUGGAGACUGGAAGCGCCUAUCAAAUUAUAUCGCGAAGGAUACAAUUGAACGACUUGAACCUAUUGGAGGAGAUAUUACUGUUGCAUGCGAGUCUGAUUUGAUUAAAAGCACUCAAAAAAUGCCAAUGGAGAAAGCUUUAGAUGAACAGCUGAGUACUAGUAAGUUCUCAACACCCGUUGACAGGACUCCUUGUAGAGGAUGCUAUUAUACUUCUAUUCCCCGCAUGGUGAAGCGCACAGGAAUUGAAGGCCGUGAACUUACUUCUUUGAAUCUUGACAAGACGCAAUUGCUGGAAACGAUACUAGUAAAAGAUUAUGGAGGUUCAGAAGACUUGCUACUUGGGGAAUUGCAGUUUGCCUUUGUUGCAUUCAUGAUCGGUCAUUCACUUGAAGCAUUCCUGCAGUGGAAAUCUUUAGUUGCCCUUUUCCUUGGCUGCAUUGAAGCUCCUUUCCGUACAAGAAGUCAGCUAUUUACAAAGUUUAUUAAAGUCAUCUACUAUCAGCUCAAAUAUGGAUUCCGGAAGGAGUCUAGCAACUCUGCAAGCAAUGAGCAUGGCUCGCCUGCAUUGCUAGAUGAUACGUGGUUUUCUACGGAUAGCUUUUUGUACCGACUUUGCAAGGAUUACUUUUCAUUGAUUCUGGGUGCAUCAGUUGUCGAUGGAGAACUACUUGCUUGGACCAGAAAGUUUAAGGAUCUGCUUCAUAACACUCUGGGGUGGAACUUCCCGCAGAAGAGCGGAGUUGAGGGUAUCUGUUUCGAAGAAGAUGAUGAGUACGCUCCAACGGUGGAGAUGAUGGAUGACUAGAAUGCAAAUUCACUUGUUCCUCUCCUUGUGUAAUUGAAUACGUGAAGCAGAAUCAGUGCUCUUGGCUCUUUGUGGACAGUGACUCUGAAAUGCGUGGCUUACCCUGGUCUCUGUAAAUACUAAGUAGACGCGAGGCAGAUGAGUUUCGACAUGCAGGAAAUCAAGUGAGGGUAGGGAAUCAAGCUUUGAGGAGCGAAGUGGUGUAAUGCUGCUGAUGCAGUGAUGUAACGUUUGCUGUUAUAUGCUUGCAAUACAUAUAAUAUAGCUGCGAUCCACAGCACUGGACUUUUUCUUUCUUAUCGAAUGAAUGUAAAAUGUUCCCCAAAUUUGUAAUAAUGCAAGUCUAACAAUGUGUUUGAAUUGA